GGUGUGGUGCCGGUUCUGACUAGGGCUGUUUCGAAUGGUUCGAGUGGGUUGGAAAGUGGUUCUUCGCCGUCGCUCGUUUCACCUGGUUUGAUUCCGGCGACGACCAAUGCUCCGGUGACUACCAGUGCGCCGUCUUCCACCGGUACAACUCAAAUGUUGAGAGAUUUUUCGUUGGAUAUUUACGAGAAAAAAGAGCUCGAAUUCAUGGGUCGCUCAAGCCCUGAAAAUUGUCAAACACCAUGUUCAAAACCUUGAAAAUCACUUUUAACUCUCUUCUCUUCGCUGUCUCGAGUAGGCAUUUUGGGCAAAUAUUAUUUUCCCUCGAAUAAACACUGUUAGCUUAGCUGUGUAAAAAGAGUAAGAAAUUCUUUGUUUUUGCUCUCUCUCUCUCUAAAUUUAUAUGCAAUUUUCUGGCAGUGGGUGUAGUAAGAAAUAUUAUGAGAACUCUGCAGCUUAAAGCACAAACUUACUGAAAUAUCUGACUUAAUCAAUGGAAAUUUAUGCUGUAAAA